CGUUACCAUGGAAUUCACGGAAAUGCUUGCUGAAGCGCAGCAGCGGUGGGAGCGCCAAGUGAGCAUUGUUUGUCCAUAAAAGUAGUAAUAUGAGCAAUUUAAAUGUUUUUUUCCUCGUUUCUGGUGACCUAUUCUAAUUCUUUACACGUUUUUCCAGGAGAUGCUGCAGCAGACGAGGAGAUUUUCUACAACCAAAGAUGUCAACAUGCAGCCUAUGAAGAGAUCUCAAACAUCUAAUCUGAUAUCUUAGACUGCCUGUAAGCAUCACCAACUUGUUUUCCCCUGAGGACAACACACAGCAUGUUUAUGAACAGAGGGACAAACGGGAGUGAAGAAGACCUAAAGCAGUAGAGCAUUUAAAGGAAAAAGUCACCAGUUUCUACCUAUGUGAAUGGACAAGUUGUACUCCACUAUGUAGGGGGUGAAUCUAGACCAAACAGACUUGUGUCACCAUCUGCGUUUUGCAAGCGUAAAGAAAAACUUCCAGAAGCAAGGAGGUGAAUAGACUGUGAGGCUCGGUGGUGUUCGCAGCAUCGUCUCCUGAAGAUGCUCCAGACCGGUAACUACUCACUGGUGCUGCUGAUCCAGCUGUCACUGUUGGCCUAUGACCUCUUCGUCAACUCCUUCAGUGAACUCCUGAGGGCAGCGCCCGUCAUCCAACUAGUGCUUUUCAUCAUCCAGGACAUCGCAAUCUUGUUCAACGUGAUCAUCAUGCUGCUGAUGAUAUUCAACACCUACGUGUUCCAGGUCGGCCUGGUGUCCCUGCUGCUGGAGAGGUUCAGGGCUCUGCUCGUUUUCUCCGCUCUUUAUCUGACGCUCAGCAUCUGCUUCCACUGCUGGGUGAUGAACCUUAGAUGGCUCAGGUCAAACCGUUUCGUUUGGACAGAUGGUCUGCAAGCUCUUUUUGUUUUCCAGAGAACAGUGGCAGUGUUGUAUUACUACUUAUACAACCGAACAGCAAAGUAUAUGGGAGACCCGAGGCUGUAUGAGGACUCUCUGUGGCUGCGGGACGCCUUCGCCAGAGCUCGUCAGUGAAAAAGAGAGUUUUGAGAGAGACUUAAAAGGAUCCAUGAAGAAAGGCCCUUAUGAGAUAAUAACAUCAUCAUCAACUAUUCUGAAUUUUGUACAAUUUUCACAUUUAAAAAAAAAGCUAAGGACCAGUCUGUGUUUACUGGCUCUUUGUAGCCAAGCAGACAGUCGGUUAAAUGGUUUACAGUGGCAGGUAAGCCAACCUUAGUGGUAUUGUAUUAAUUAGGAUUGUGUCUGUUAAUCUAUGUGGCCUUUGUAAAUCAAUUUGCGUUGCAGACACGAUGCAACACGAUGAAUUUUUUUUAAAUGUUUAAGGAAGAGCUGUUGCAGAUGGCAAAUUUGUUUUGACCUGUACUAAUGUACCAUUUGUAGAAUAUGUAGUAAUAGUUUUCUGUUAUUCCCCCGCAAAAGAGGAAACCUGUUGAUUUAUUUUGCCUUAUGUAAGGUUAGUAUGUGCUGUUUACAUGGUUAAUGUACUUUUAAUAAGCCAAUUUCAUGUGAAUCCAGCUGUCUUUGAGUGGGGAUCUUUGAAUUGUCUUCCCGCUGUUUUUUAUUAAAUAAUCCUUCUCUAA